GUACUUCCGCCAACGUGCCCUGGGCCUUGGUCGCGACGCGGUUCACGGAAGUGCCUGAAGCUGAAGCGAUUCCGGUUUCAAUAGGAUCGGCUAAGCUGUUUAGUGAGACUUCCUCCAACUUUCUCAGGCCCUCUCGGGUUGUUGUUGCUUUUUUUUAACCUGGAUGUGACGUACUAAAGGAGUCGACGGAAGUAGAACCGUAGGGGUUCUAAAAUGGCGAACCGUACGGUAAAGGAUGCUCACAGCAUCCACGGCACCAACCCUCAGUAUCUGGUGGAGAAGAUCAUUCGGACUCGAAUCUAUGAGUCCAAGUAUUGGAAGGAGGAGUGCUUUGGGCUUACGGCUGAACUUGUAGUUGAUAAAGCCAUGGAGUUAAGGUUCGUGGGUGGUGUCUAUGGUGGCAACAUAAAGCCAACUCCCUUCCUGUGUUUGACCUUGAAGAUGCUUCAGAUUCAGCCCGAGAAGGAUAUCAUUGUAGAGUUUAUCAAAAAUGAAGAUUUCAAGUAUGUCCGCAUGUUGGGAGCACUUUACAUGAGGUUGACAGGCACUGCCAUUGAUUGCUACAAGUACUUGGAGCCUCUGUACAAUGACUAUCGAAAAAUCAAGAGCCAGAACCGAAAUGGGGAGUUUGAACUGAUGCAUGUAGAUGAGUUUAUUGAUGAACUACUGCACAGUGAGAGAGUCUGUGAUAUCAUUCUUCCCCGGCUACAGAAACGCUAUGUACUUGAGGAAGCUGAGCAACUGGAGCCACGGGUCAGUGCUCUAGAAGAGGACAUGGAUGAUGUGGAGUCCAGUGAAGAGGAGGAAGAAGAAGACGAGAAGCUGGAGAGAGUGCCAUCACCUGAUCACCGCCGGAGAAGUUACCGAGACUUGGACAAGCCCCGUCGCUCUCCCACACUACGGUAUCGGAGGAGCAGGAGUCGAUCUCCCAGAAGACGGAGUCGGUCUCCCAAAAGAAGAAGCCCCUCCCCUCGCCGCGAAAGGCAUCGGAGCAAGAGUCCAAGACGUCACCGUAGCAGGUCUCGUGACAGACGGCACAGAUCCCGUUCCAAGUCCCCAGGUCAUCACCGUAGUCACAGACACAGGAGCCACUCAAAGUCUCCUGAAAGAUCUAAGAAAAGCCACAAGAAGAGCCGGAGAGGGAAUGAGUAAUGGACUCAGUCUGGUUUUAGUCCAAAUGGCCUUUGUGGAGGGGACAGCAUCUGUGUGGGAGAACAAAUGAAGAUCUAUUCCCCAGGCAGCUAUGGGAAUAUUUUAGAUUUGUUUUUUAACACCAAGUUUCUUCACUUUUUCUUUUUUUUUUAAUGAAAGAGGUACUGAGUUUUGUAUCUCUUUUUGAAUUGUAAUCCACAUAUUUGAGGGAUGAUGCUUCCCAAAAGCUGCUUUUGACCUCUUUGUAUGACCAACCUUGUUUGUACUCAAAUUAUGAGGGUAGAAUGCAUUUGGAUGGAGGGUGCAAAUGAUGGGGAGGAUGUGGCCCCCGGUGACCCUUUUGCUAUUAAAUUUGAUAUACCCAUUUCCUA